AUGCCACGCAGGCCGAGAACGGAUUUUAGGUCCAAUUUUCGUGGGAUUUCUGUUCAUUCGAUCCGAAUUGAAGGCAACCGAGGGCCGAAUUCCUGGUUGGACAAUUACGUAAGCUUUAUUCUAGGUAUGUUAUUGCUUUAGUUGAAUAACAAAUAUUUCCUCGGUCUUAUCAAAAGAGUCUGCCGUCUUUUGGAACCUUUUGAAAGAGCUGUUGAAACCGAUUGCUCCGAAGGCCGAAUUUCAAUGUUUGGACGUAGUUUAUGUAAGCCUUGCUCUUUGUUAUUAUUUUUUUGUAAUAACGACAAGGAUCAGGAUGUUUUGGUUUUAUCAAUAAGAUAUGGUCCGAGCGGGAUGUGUCAAAUUGGAGACGUGUCUUGGUCAAACUUGAAAAGAAUGGAGUGUGGGAAGAUCGAUGCAUCGACGAGUCGUUUGGAAAAGUCGUUGAAGGCAGAAUGGGUCUACAUCGUGGGUCUACAAGAUAGUAAGAAACAUUUGGGGCUUCGGUAGUUGAGCCCCCCACGAAAGGUAGUUCAAACCCCCACUGUUUUGCCCGUUUCACACCCCACAUAAUGAACAAAUUAGAAUAAUACAAAAAAUGUAAGCGGGGGUUUGAUCUACUACGUUGGGGGUUUGAUCUAAAACGUAGGGGGCUUGAACUAAAACGUAGGGGGCUUUUUCUAAGACGUAGGGGGCUUGAUCUAAAACGUAGGGGGCUUCAUCUAAAACGUAGGGGGCUUGUGCUGGACCAUACAACUUGGAUUAAUUCUUUGAAAUAAAUUUUGGGGUUCAGAAUGGACGAGGGGGGUUGUACUGGGUCAUGGGGGGGCUGAACUGGACUGGGGGGUUGUACUACCUUAGCCCCAAACAUUUUUAUUUUAUUUUGUUGCUUUAGGAGAAGAAUGGCUGUCCCCAUCAAACGCCGCGGCUACAUCUGUCUUAGCCGUUCAACCCCGCACAGCAGGUCCCAGGAACUCCCCAGCAGAUCCAGGACCUCCCCGGCAGCUUAGCAAGAAUUAUUUUAUACCGAUUUAA